UCUGCUAGUUGCAGGGGAAGGUUUUGUCAAUUCUAGUUAUGUUUAGGAAAUGUUGCAUUUGAGUAUUUGAUGUGUUUACCGGCUAAGAGCUAAAUUAAUUAUUUUCGCUUUAAUGCAGUCAUGGCAGGCUUGGCUCCAGAAGCGGCACAAUUUGAUGUGCGUCAGUAUGAUGCAAAGAUGAGUGAUCUAUUAUCGGUUGAUGGGCAAGAUUUCUUCACAUCUUACGAUGAAGUUUUUGACAGUUUUGAUGCUAUGGAAUUGCAGGAGAAUCUUCUUAGAGGCAUAUAUGCCUAUGGUUUUGAAAAGCCCUCUGCGAUCCAACAAAGGGGAAUUGUCCCAUUUUGCAAGGGCCUUGAUGUCAUUCAGCAGGCUCAGUCUGGAACUGGAAAAACAGCAACUUUCUGCUCUGGAAUCUUGCAGCAACUUGAUUAUGGCAUUGUCCAGUGCCAAGCACUGGUUUUGGCACCCACACGAGAACUUGCACAACAGAUUGAGAAGGUCAUGAGGGCACUUGGUGACUAUCUUGGUGUGAAGGUUCAUGCUUGUGUUGGUGGGACCAGCGUUCGCGAAGAUCAGAGAAUUCUUUUAAGCGGUGUUCAUGUUGUUGUGGGUACUCCUGGUCGUGUCUUUGACAUGUUGAGGAGACAGUCUCUUCGUGCAGAUUAUAUCAAGAUGUUUGUAUUGGAUGAAGCAGAUGAAAUGCUUUCACGUGGUUUUAAGGAUCAGAUUUAUGACAUUUUUCAAUUGCUACCUGCUAAAAUUCAAGUCGGAGUGUUCUCUGCAACAAUGCCACCAGAAGCCCUUGAUAUCACUAGGAAGUUCAUGAAUAAGCCUGUGAGAAUCUUGGUUAAGCGUGAUGAACUAACACUUGAAGGUAUCAAGCAAUUUUAUGUUAACGUUGAAAAGGAAGAAUGGAAGCUUGAAACACUCUGCGACCUUUAUGAGACUCUUGCAAUCACCCAGAGUGUCAUUUUCGUCAACACCAGGCGGAAGGUCGAUUGGCUGACUGACAAAAUGAGAAGCCGUGACCACACUGUCUCAGCUACCCAUGGAGACAUGGAUCAGAACACAAGGGACAUAAUUAUGCGCGAAUUUCGUUCGGGCUCUUCCCGUGUUCUGAUCACCACUGAUCUGUUGGCCCGUGGGAUAGAUGUACAACAAGUAUCCCUUGUUAUAAACUUUGAUUUGCCGACUCAGCCAGAAAAUUACCUUCAUCGUAUUGGGCGAAGUGGACGGUUCGGAAGAAAAGGUGUAGCCAUCAAUUUCGUGACUCAGGAUGAUGAAAGAAUGCUGUUUGACAUUCAGAAGUUCUACAAUGUGAUCGUUGAGGAACUGCCAUCGAAUGUCGCUGAGCUCCUCUAAUGGAGAAGUAAGUUUUAUAAUUAAUUUUCAAUGCUUAAACGCCACUAAAUUUGGUCUGUUUCUGCGUUUUGCUAUAGAGAGUUGAUAUGUCGCUUGCCAAACAAUCCAGGAGGCACAAGCAACACAAAUUUUGUUGGGUAGGAUUUUGUUUUGUGUUUCGUUAAGCUUUCAUUUUCAAUUUUCCUUUUUCCGAAUAUUCUGGUACAAGAACACUUGCUGUGAUGACGAUAUUAUUGCAUUUUAUGAGUUACAGAGUGGAUUAAACCAUUUUCUU